AUGAUAGAGCCUCUCAUUUAUCACGAACUUAAUUCACCAUUAACGUCACUGACGUUAAUUUUUUGUGGUACUCAACCACGUAAAAUUUUAUAGGAAACUGUAUAUAUAUAGGAGCAGGGCCGUAUACAAAAGUCACACGUUCAUGAUAUUAUGAAACACGUUCACGUACCACAUACAAAUAUUUUGCGCUUUAUACAUUAACCGAUAUAAAACGUUUGAUAUUUAUAGAGAUUACGAAUAUUAAUUUUGUAUAUUAAUGUAUUAUACUAGAGUUACAAGGAUGUGUGCCUUUGGACACGCGGUUUACAAGACAAAAUGAAACAAAAGUAAAAGAGAAGAGGAAGAGAAGAAAAACUUGUUGUACGUUUUUCAAAUAAACAACUGAAUUCUCUCUACUUCAAUAGCUCUCUGCUUCCUUGAGCGAAACAGAAAGGCUUUAUUGAUAGGAGACGUGGCGAGUUUUCAUCCGAAAAACAAAUGAUGUUACUUGUAUUACACAGAGUUUAUUACAAUUUGCUAUGUACAAUGGCUUGCCUAUGUAAAAUGAAAAUCGUUUUCUUAUCAAAGGCAGAAUUUGAACUAGUGUGUUACUUGAAUUGAAUUUAUCAUCUCCUCUAUAAUCUCCAGCAUAGUCUUUAAUUGCAUAUUUUCGUGGAGUCUAUCCUCCAGUACUUCCAGAGCUUCUCCUUUCUCCAUAAAUUCUUUUAAAUUAUACAUCGUACCAUUUGGUAUUCUGUGAUCCGUGAGCCGAUCUUGAUUGAAAUUAUACGUCCUAAUUUUUUCAUUCCUUAAUCUCGUUCCUAUUUGUUUCUUGCGUAUUUUGUUAAUAAAUGAAAUCUGUUUGUCUAACUGUUCCUCAAAUAAAAGGGUUUUCAGUUUUCUCAAUGCUAGCUUUUUAUUUUUUAUUUGAGAUCUAUCUGCCUGGCAAGUUACAAUUUUACCAGUAGGUAUAUGAGUUAUUCUGAUUGCUGAAUCUGUAGUGUUUACAUGUUGGCCUCCAGCUCCGGAUGCUUUUUUUGAUUCUAUUAUCAAAUCUUUCUCCUCUAACUUAACAUCUAUAUCUUUGGGUUCUGGUAAGACUGAUACAACAGCUGUACUGGUAUGUAUACGACCAGAUUUCUCUGUUGCUGGAAUUCUUUGUACUCUAUGCACACCACUUUCAUAUUUUAAUUUUUUGAAAGCGUUACUAUCUGUUAUUAACAAACUAGCUCUUUUUAAUCCACCUGAUUCAACCAACUCUAAUAUUUCAUAAGUAAAUCCCAGAUGUUCUAAGUAACUUAUAUACAUAGCUAAUAAAUCUUUUGCAAACAACAUAGCUUCUUGACCACCUACACCUGGUGCUAUUUCUAUAAUAACGUUGUCAUAAUUGUCCAAACUUCCAUACUGCAAAAUAACAUCUAAAAUUUUUUCAUCAAUCUGUGACAUCUGUUGCAUAUACAUUGAUUCUUCCUCCUUGGCAAGAUCUUUCAUUUCUUCAUUUUCACAUACUGAAACAUGAAGUACAUAGAUUUAUAAACAUCGAAGAAAGGAGUUUAGUCAUAAACUUUUAUGUAAUAGUAAACGAUGCAAAAUACAUACCAAAGUCGUUCAAGCUUUUUAUGUUUUCAAUUAUUUUAAUUUUGUCGUUCAACAGUGGCGGGAUUUCACAUAACUUAAGAAUUUCAGAAAUGCUUGCUCCUUGUUCCUUUCUGUCAUUGCCUUGAUACGCAUUCAUAAGAUGAUUUAAAUAUUUCUUGACAUUUUCAUUAGUUACGAGUAAAUUCGCUUUUGAACAAAAUAAUUGUUGCACAGGUAAAUUAACCACCCUGUUAAGGUUAAACAACACCGGACAGCGUGAUUCAAACAAUUUAUUUGUAAUUAUGAAAUUUCUACAAUAUUGGCAAAUGUUGAACGAGCAUCCUUUUAAGGGAAACAUGUUUUAUUACAUACUAUCAUACAAUCAUAAUAUAUUUCACAUUUUUAUACAACUUGAAGUAAAAAUAUAACCUCCUAUCUCAUACUUGCAGUUACAACUGAAGAGUGACAACACGUGCUAUCAGUGUAGAAAACAUUAAGGAAAUACAAAGUUUCAUAAAUAACAUAUAUAUUCCUAAAGUUUAAAAUAUUUUGGUUAAAAUACAAAUUCAUACCUGUGUGAGAAGUUGGAAUUCCUGCAGACUUAGAAAUAGAAGACGAAACGUUCACUUAAGUACGAUAUUUUGAUUUUUCUCUAUUGGUAACACUUAGUUUCUCCAUCAUUUGCAAUCUCGAUUCAAUUAAAUUUUUACAUAAUAGUGUGAUAAAUUUUUUUUCUUCGCUUCAUUUUACUACAUUUUUUACGUAGUUUAAUUCGAAUACGUAAUUUAUUAGAAAAGCAGGUAUUUAUUAUAGGCUCGCGUAAACUCGUAAAAUAUACGAAAUAUUUCAAUUUCAAUUAUGAAAUCGUUAUAUAUAUGUAUGUAUGCACAUAUUUACUAUUUAUAUACUAUUUAUUUUAAUGAAUUUAUAUAUUGAAUUGAAUAAUAAAUAUGUAAUUAGAUUGUAAAUUAGAUUGAAAAAUGUAUCGUACCAAUUGUAUCGAUUUUCUAUAACGAGUAUUUAGAAUUUCAUAUAUAUAUAUCUAAAUACAUAUUAUAUACACAUAUAUAUAUAAUUCAUUUCUAGUAUACUUCGCUCUAUUCUAAACAAUGGUAUAUAAUAACUAUGCAAAUAUAAUAUAUAUAAAAAUAUAUAGUUAAUAUUAAAAUAAAUUCAUUUAUGAAUCAAUAA